AGUUUUGCACACACAUGCGAGUUCGAAAAAUAGAUGUGCGAGUGUCAUUACAACCACCGGCAUAUAUAGAAGACAGGUUGAUUCGAUUGUUGUGUAUAUGUGUAAUUGAAGGAUUCUUUCGUUUUAUAAUUGUUAGUGAAGACGUAUUUGUUCCAUUGAAUAAGCAAAAUAUGCGUUAUAGUUAGAAGAGUGUACAACAUUCGGCAAAUACGAUAUUUGUUUUUCUAACCUAUACUAACAAUUUUUUAAUUUAAAAAAUAUCGUAACAAACACAAUGACUGACAACAAUGAAAAUCCUGACGUUUAUUUCGAAAGUUAUGAAGAUUUAAAUGUCCAUCAACUAAUGUUAAAUGACAAACCUAGAACACUUGCUUACAAAAAUGCGAUUUUCAACAUGAAAGAUCAAUUUACAGAUAAAAUAGUUAUGGAUGUAGGAGCUGGAACAGGAAUAUUGUCAAUUUUCUGUGCACAGGCUGGAGCUAAGAAAGUUUAUGCAAUUGAAGCUAGUAAUUUAGCUUUACUAGUGUCCAAAGUUGCUGAGGAAAAUAAUGUCAAAGAUAAAAUUGAAGUGAUCCAGAAAAAGGUAGAAGAUGUUUGUUUAGAGGAAAUAGAAAAAGUUGAUAUUAUUGUAUCUGAAUGGAUGGGUUUUUAUUUACUCCAUGAAGGCAUGUUAGAUUCUGUUAUCACUGCAAGAGACAGAUUUUUAAAGGAGAAUGGCUUAAUGUUUCCAUCUGUGGCUAAAAUAUAUGCUGCACCAUGUCAGUUGCCAAGUUUCUUUGAAUUUUGGGAUGAUGUUUUUGGAGUGAGCAUGAAAUCUGUUGCAGAAAAUUAUAGGAAGGCAAAAUCAUUAGUGCCAGAAAUUCUUAUUCUACCAGCAGAAGAUGUCUUAGCAGAAGGAAAAUUACUGGUUUGGUUGGAUUUAAAUACAGUAACUUCAGAAGAGUUAGAUUCUUUGGGAGGUGAGCAAACUGUAUUAGUUUGUUCUAGAAAUGGCAACUAUCAAGGCUUUGGUAUUUGGUUUGAUGUUGAAUUUCCGGAUGGUUCUGUGUUAAGUACAGCUCCAUCAGCUGAAUCCACACAUUGGAAACAAACUGUGAUUGUUUUACCUUCAAGUAUUGAUAUAACUGAAAAGGAACCUGUUGCUUUUGAAUUGAAACUUGACCGGAAUGAUUCAAACCCAAGAAGAUAUAAUGUUGCAUUUACAAUGCUGGAUGCUUCUGAAGUUUUGCAUGAUAUACCUUGUGACUGUUAUAUGACUAAAUGCAUUGUGACGAAAGCAUACAUCGAAAACCAAAAUGCAGAACCAGAAGUUGUAGAAAAAUAGUAUUGUUAAUUAUUAAAUAGUUUAUAUACUUAUAUAAAAAUAUUAUACAUGUACCUAUGCAUUAUUUACA